AUGCAAAGCAGCCGUAAAAGUGUGACCUCGAAUGGAGUGAAAGAUUCGUACCAGUCAUCCUCUGCGAUGACAGCGUCGGAGGUUCAGGUGCAGCCGCCGGCGUUUCUGGAGAAACAGCGAUGGUACCAGUGUGGUCUACACGCCGUAAACAACUUGCUUCAAAGGCCGGUAUAUGCUGUGGAAGACUUCGAAGCGAUCGCGAGAGGAGUUUCGGCGAUAGUGCCGGGUAUACGACAUAAGGCGUGUCUCGGGCUCGGGUGCUAUGGUGCCGAAGUUGUUUGCGCUGCGGUUGCGCGCCAGGGUCUCUGCGUCGAUACCCUCAACUGUAAAAACACCGAUGUAGCGUUGCGGCGCCUGAGUGGCCCCAAUGUGGUUGGUUUGCUCCUCAAUGAAGUGGAAUCGGACCGACGGUGGUGGCAGCUAUGGCGCUCGCAGAGGCACUGGCUGGCAGCGGUUCGUCGUGCUACAGAGACCAACAGUUCAGCGUAUUGGUGGAUCAUCGAUUCGCAGAACUGUAACGGGCGUCCGCAAAAGCCCCUGGAUACGAGGGCCCUCGUCUCCUACAUAGUGCAGGAUAUGGUGGAAUGCGUUGUUUUCAUCGUCGAACGACGAAAUGAAUUGUAA